AAGAAAGCGCCAUAAAAACAGAUUUCAAGUCCGCGUUCUCUCUCUCUCCUCUCUCAAACACACAUGCGCACACUCUCUCUCUGUCUCUCGUAAUCCAAACCAAAUCUCUUCAGACAAAAAUUCACACUCUAUACCCUAAUUUUAUCCCCAUUUUGCAUCGACAAACCGCUCUCCAAGCCCUCGGAAUCCCCGCUCUUGGCUCAAAUUUCAAACAAUUUCGAAAAUUGGAAGCAGUAAUUUUGUUCCUAACGCAGCAAAUUCGUUUCUGAAAGUUUUGACUUUUUGAGAGCUUAUUGGAUUCGAUUUUGCUUGGGACUCGAAGAAUUUCCUGAUAAAGUAUCGUUGUUUUUCAUCGUUGGAGCGCUUGGAGAUAGUUUUGGGAAAGAGAUUCGUUGAAUUUUAUUGCUUUCGGAGCUGAUUGGGAGUGAAUUUUGGUUGUAAUUUGAAGAAUUUUGGAUGAAAUAAUUGGUUUUCGGUUCUCAAAACCGGAGGGCUUUGGACGGGCAAGGAUUUGUACCUUGUCUUGCUGAACAACUUAGCAGCUUGCUUCUGGUGCUUCUAUUGGUUCAAAGUGUUAUCAUAGAGUUUAGUGAAGACUGAAUCUAAAGGAGCUGUCAUGGACUAUGGGCUUUCUGAUAGCAGUGGAACAGAUGAUGACCUCCCUCCUUCACAUCAGAAUAGGUUUCAAAGAGGGGGUCGCACUGCUGCAGGGAAUGGAAGAUCAGCAGUUGUAGGUUCUGCUCCUUUGCCUAGGAUGCACAGUGACAUGGAAACUCAAAUCCACCUCAUAGAGCAGGAAGCAUACAGUUCGGUCUUGCGGGCCUUCAAAGCUCAAUCAGAUGCCUUAACUUGGGAGAAAGAAAGUUUAAUUACUGAACUCAGAAAGGAGUUGAGAGUAUCAGAUGAGGAACAUAGGGAGCUUCUAUUGAGGGUUAAUGCUGAUGAUAUCCUCCGGAGAAUAAGGGAAUGGAGAACAGCAAGUGGGCUCCAGCCUGGGAUGCUCAGUACUAGUCAGCCUGUUCAUGACACUGUACCUAGUCCUACAGUUUCAGGAUCACGCAAGAAGCAAAAAACGUCACAGUCUGUAGCGUCAUUAUCUAUGGGCGCUCCAUCUCCUGCAUUGCAUCCAUCAAUGCAACCAUCUUCAUCUGCCCUGAGACGAGGUCCUCUCCCUGGAGCAAAGAGCAAGAAGUCAAAAUCAUCGACGCAGUACCCUUCCACAGGUCUUCCUGUAAGGCCCCAGGCUCCUAAUCGUACCUCUUCUGGAGCCUUUGCAACAAAUGAACCCGCUGAAGCAGCACCAUAUGAUCCAUUAAUUGGAAGGAAAGUUUGGACAAGGUGGCCUGAAGACAACCAUUUCUAUGAGGCUGUUAUAACAAACUAUAACCCAGUUGAGGGGCGGCAUGCUUUGGUUUAUGAUAUUAAUACGGCAGAUGAAACCUGGGAAUGGGUCAAUCUCAAAGAGAUAUCUCCUGAAGAUAUUAGAUGGGAAGGUGAUGAUCCUGGAAUAUCCCGUAGAGGUGGUCGCCCUGGACCAGGCCGUGGGAUUAAGAAGUCCAUGGCACGUGGUGGUGGGGUUGCCGGAGCAGGUAGAGGUAGGGGGAGUUUAAAGGGUCAGGCCAAAAAAGAUUUUCCUUUGGCGCAAAAUGGUAUUGGGAAAAAGGUUUUGGGUGAUAUUGAGAUACUUCAUACAGAUACUCUAAUUAAGGAGGUGGAAAAAGUUUUUGGUGCAAGCCAACCUGAUCCCGUGGAGAUUGAGAAAGCAAAGAAAGUGCUGAAAGAGCAUGAACUAGCCCUAGUAGAAGCAAUUGCAAGGCUUGAAGAUGCAUCUGACGGUGAAAGUGCAGAUGGAGAACAUCCAUUCUCACAAGGACAAUCAAUGGAACAAGAAAGAGCAUGGAGAAAACGGCAGUGGGAUGAGAUGGGUAAUGGUAGAGUGAUUGAAGGAUCUGAUGGCAAUAAAAGUGACAAGAGAUAAGUCAGCGAGACGACAUGCGAUUUUAGCCAAGCUUUGUAUAUCCAUCCAAUCCAGUGCUUGUAUCUUUGUUAUAUCCUUGACAUGCCACCAGCAGUGUCUUGGUUCAUAAUCUUUUUUAGUCAUCAGUUUUAACUCUUAAUUGUGACUUUGAAUUUAACCGUAAGCUAGGAAAAUGCUUGUAUAAUUUUUUUUGUUUUAAUUUUAAAAUACCAGUGAAUAUCUCUGACCAUGUAAAAUGGUUAUGUUCA